CGGAGCCUCGCCCGCUCCCGGAAGGGGCGCGGGCGGUGCCCCGGAAGCGGCGGGCGCUGACCCGGAAGCGGCGCGGGGCGGGCAGGGCGGCGAUGGCGGCGGAGGAGCCUCAGCAGCCGCAGCCGGAGCCGCUGGGCGGCAGCGAUGCCGACGGUGUGAACUGCCUGGCCUACGACGAGGCGAUCAUGGCGCAGCAGGACCGGAUCCAGCAGGAGAUCGCGGUGCAGAACCCGCUGGUGUCCGAGCGGCUGGAGCUGGCCGAGCUGUACAAGGAGUACGCGGAGGAUGACCACGUGUACCAGGAGAAGAUCAAGGACCUGCUGCAGAAGUAUUCCUACAUCCGGAAGACGCGGCCGGACGGGAAUUGUUUCUACCGCGCCUUCGGCUUCGCGCACCUGGAGGCGCUGCUGGAGGACGGCCAGGAGCUGCAGCGGUGAGGGCAGAGCAGCCCAAAGUACCCCAAACCCGGGUGACACACAGGUGUAACACAAGUGUGUCCCCAGCUGAUGGAGCUGAUCGAGCGCGUGGAGCGCCGCGUGCCGCUGCCGGAGCUGCUGGCGGCGUUCAACGAGCCGGCCACGUCGGAUUACCUGGUGGUUUACCUGCGCCUGCUCACCUCGGGCUGCCUGCAGCGCCACCGGCGCUUCUUCGAGCAGUUCCUGGAGGGCGGCCGCAGCAUCAAGGAGUUCUGCCAGCAGGAGGUGGAGCCCAUGUCCAAGGAGAGUGACCACAUCCACAUCAUCGCGCUGGCGCGGGCGCUGCACGUCUCCAUCCUGGUGGAGUACAUGGACCGGGGCGAGGGCGGCGCCACCAACCCGCACGUGUUCCCCGAGGGCUCCCAGCCCCGCGUCUGCCUCCUCUACCGCCCCGGCCACUACGACAUCCUCUACAAGUGACCCCCGCCCCAAAUCCCCCCCGCCGGGACCC